AUGAACAUUGAGGGUUCCGGGGGCAGUGAGCUGAGCGAUUCCGAUUACUAUGGCUCCGAGCUCUCCGCGCCGUCGACUCUGGCCGACCUGCUUUCGCGUUUCACGAUCGAUUGGCAGCCAGAGUGCACGCUCAAGCUGCGCACCAAGGCCGGCCCCGUGGUGGUCGGAGCCGACCUCACGCGCAUCACUGCAGUCGGGGGCAGCGUCGGGGCGCUUGUGCUCAAGCCGUCCAACGCCGGCCAGGCGUGGCGCCGCCUGCGCGUGGACAACACGGGGGCACUGACGCUGCGCUCCCGCAAGCUGCAUUGGUGGCUCUUCACGCUGGACGUCAUCGGCCACGCCAACCCGCUGUCCCGCACAUUCGACCUCUCCUACAGGGUGGCCACCAAGUGGGAUGUCACCAGGGGGGAGUACCGCAACAAGAAGCGGUACGAGCUGACGCCCAAGACAGAGGCGCGGGCACACUGGUCCAUCUCUUAUAGCCUGCCCGCCAUAGAGGGGUCGAUGGGGACGGCAGCGCAGCGUGUGUCCCGCGAGGUGCAUGCCGACGUGGGCUACGCCCACCUCAGCAUCCCGCGGCUAGAGCUGGUGGUGUGGCCGCGAGGGCGGCCCGAGCAGCCCGCUGACGGCAGAGCGGCGGGCGGCGGCGAGGAUGUGGCCGAGUGCGGCUCAGGCACGGCACGGGCCCAGGGCUGCUGCGCAGAUGUGGAGGCGGCAGGCUCGCCAGCUGGCGGCGGCGGGGCGCUGGCGCCGCUGGCGCCAGCCGCGCCCUCGGCGGCCCCUGGCGGGCGCUCGGCAGACGGCACGGGGGGAGCAGAGGGCGGCGGCGAGCAGGGCGCUGAUGGCCGCGGCAGCGGAGGGCGGUUGCGAGCGGCACUCAACCUGAAGCAGCUGAACAGCCACACGGCCUGCCUGUCCGGCAGGUGGUGGGAGACGUUUGGGCAGCGCUGA